AUGCUUACACCUUCCAAUGCUUUUCUUUCUUUGGGGGAAUCAUUGCUGCAACGACAAGGCCUUCACUUUUUAUUCGUUUACUGCAUAACUCACUGUGAUGUGUUGGAAAUUGUGAUUAAAAGUUGGCAACAAUGGACAAUUUUUUCUGCAGUGAGACUUCUCAGGACGUACAAUGCAAAACAUAAUGCAAAAAAUAUGCGUCCAAUGCAGAGGAUUUUGUAA